AUGCUGGCUCAUAGCACACCUUCCACUUCUGAAUCUGGCUGGACUACAAAGGGCUGCGCAGUAUGCGCGAGCCGCGUUUCACCUCCGACAUCCGAUGCUUUACCGCGCGUGAACGCACAGUCUGCGCCCAAGCUGGGGCAGAUAUGGGUUAUCGAGGAGUCUAUCUUCACGCCAGUCGCAAAGCUCCUGGGAAAAACGAUGCCUGAGAUCAUAGCAGGCUCUGUCACCUCAUUCUCGGACGACCGCGCGUCGAAACCUCGUCCUUGUGUCAUCUUCGAACAAACCGCCAAGAACAAGUCGAUCGCUUAUAUUGUUUACAUGUUCGGCACCUUCAAUGGCGGCAAGAUCGACGGUCUUCCAAAGGCUCUGCAGUACUGGCUGGCGCAAGUCGACCCCCAAGCGUCUGGCGCCCGUCGUAUGAGGAACUCUGCAGGGAAACGCCUUCCAUGCUUGCACGCGUCGCCGUGUUGGGGGCAUCACCCUCAAUACCUGGUCGCACUGCCUCACCAGACAUCGCCGGGCUUCUCUCGCAGAAGGGUCUUGAAUCACUUGGAUCGACCUUGGACGAACUGCGACAAGUGUACUCACGCGCCCACGUACAAUGCAAGGAACAAUUCGUGCCCAACGUUCGAGUUCAGCUCGUCACAGCGGGAGCAACUCGAGGAGCUGGCGGCCAAGAAGAUGCGAGAAUGGCACAGUAUACCUGCUGAGGAGAUGGCGACCAUGACGGAAGAGUUUCAGAUUUGCCUAGACGCGAAGAUUGAGGCAAACGCUCGUCGUAACGCAUCUGUGCUCUCAUUCGGCAGCGCCGGUUCCGAGAUGGCAUCGCAGCUCACAAGGGGAACACGCCAUACUCAAGCGCCGGCCCGCCCCUCCAAGUUGCGAGAUUGUGUCAGCGCUGCAGGUGUCCAAGCGCCGGCCAAGGAGGAACCAGCACAGGCAAUGUCCCGCAAGCCCAGUCUUUCGGAAUCUUCCAGCGGAGAGAGCGAACCGGAACCAGAGACACCCGCCCUUCCCCACGCAGAGCUCCCAGCGCCCCUCAUCGUCGGCAUCGAUCGCCUCACUCUCGACUCAGCCACAGACUCCCAACCCGAGCUCGCCGAUACCCCCACACCAAAGCGCAAGGCCUUCGGCCGGCACCCCGCUGUACCGAGCUCGCCGACUGGAAGUACCCGUUCAUUUCCGCGUUCGCUCCUUGAUCGCGCUCUCCGGCCUAUCAAGAACCAGGCGGGCCCGGCGAAGACUGCUGAGGAUUGGCCGUCGCUGCCUACUUCUCCCACUACUCCUACUAAUAGCUCUCGGCGCCAUCGUCGACGUGAUAGUCGUGCUAGCAAGGCGAGCACGGCCCGAGGAGUUUGA